AUGGGGACAAGCGAGCUCGCCUGCACUUACGCCGCUCUCAUCCUCCACGAUGAUGGAAUUGACAUCACCGCUGAGAAGAUAUCAACGCUGGUGAAAGCAGCCAACGUGGAUGUUGAAUCAUACUGGCCUGGCCUCUUUGCUAAGUUAUGUCAGAAGAAGAACAUCGACGAUCUCAUCAUGAAUGUUGGAGUCGGUGGUGGUGGUGCGGCUGCUCCGGUUGCUGCCGCCGCUUCUGCAGCCUCUCAAGCAUCGCCAGCAGCUGAGGAGACAAAGAAGAAGAAGGAGGAGGUCAAGGAAGAGAGUGAAGAUGACAUGGUUUUCGGAUUGUUUGACUAG